UUUUGUUUUAUAGGUUUUCGAAUUGUAGUGUUUGAAAAUAACAUAGUAAUAUAUAAUUACUAGUCUAUACUUGGCACUCAUUUAUUUCUUUCACUAAAUAGUAGAUAUUAUCAAAACUUUUUAAAACAUAUACAAAAAUAAUAAUAAGAAGUGUACCAUGUCUGUCGCAUUUGCACCAAGGGGAAACCGGCCUCCAUUGAAUCCAACUCAAAUACAAAAGAUGCUUGACGAAAACGCACAUUUAAUUCAAACUAUUCAAGAAUAUCAAGCUAAAGGUCAAUUAAUGGAAUGUCAUCAAUAUCAGCAAGUACUACACAGGAAUUUGGUAUAUUUAGCAUCUGUAGCCGAUUCAAACCAAAAUAUCCAAGCAUUAUUACCGCCACCGCAUCAGCUAGCUGCUGGAAAUUUGCAACAAGGUCCAGUGAAUUUGCCAGCUAGUGGUGCUGAUGUUCCUGGAUCUCCUCAGCAGCCUUAUCGCCCACCACCUGGAGCUUCUACAGCACCCACAAGACCUACUCAGUCUUACAGCCAAAGGCCUUAUCCCCAAAACCAAUAUCAAGGCCAGUAUCAAGGUGGGCCUGGGUAUCCUCCACAAGGUGGUUAUGGACCACCUGGACAAGGUUACGGGCCACCUAAUCCCAGUCAACAACCACAAGGUUACCCACCAAGUUCAACAUAUGGUCCUCCAAUCACAACUGCACCAAGUAAUUAUCCACCUUCUACACAUCCGGGCCCGGGAUAUCCACCGGCUUCAGGUCAACAACCUUAUGCACCGCCUCCGGGCACCCCAGCUGCAGCGGGCUCGCCAUAUCCUAUUAGAGGUGCCAGUCAACCUGGCUACACAGGUAACUCGGGAUAUCCUCCUCCUCAGUCUGGAUCUAAUUAUUCCAAUGUUGUAAGCACUUAUAAUUCAACAUCUGCACAGCCCCAACCGUAUCAAUCUCAACCUUUCCCAAGUACAACCCCAACAUCUGCCUACAGUUCUACUCCAGUUUCACAACCCAAUCGUUCACCACAACCUCCGCCCAGUAAUUACACCUCGCAAAACCCAACAAGUUCAGGUUAUGGGUCGCCGUCUGCCCAAUCACCGACAUACAAUUCCAGUGCACAUGGAAACAAUCAACCGCAGACUACGGCUUCUGGACCUCCGCCGCAAAGCGGCCCACCCGGUCAACAAUACCCACCAUCAGGGCAACCGUCAAACUAUCCACCCGCCACACAACCUCCUUAUUCAAAUCCAUCAUCUCAGCCGGGUAGUCCCGCUCCGUCAGUGUCAUCUGCUCCGCCUCCACAGUCAUCAUACUCCCAAAACCCACAGAAUUAUCCACCCGGAAGUGGAUCAUAUCCGCCGCAUGCUUAUCAACAGGGAUAUCCUCCUGCACAAUAUCCCCCAUCUCCAUACCCGUAUGCCCGGCCCCCUGCUCCUGGAGCUCCCCCUCCAGGAGGACCACAACAAUAUCCUGGCUACAGUUUCCAACCUCCGAAUCAACAGUAGGUCUUGCAAAAUAAAUUUAAAAUAAUCAUCCAAGUGCAUUUGUUGUAUAGGAGGAUUAAAUAUUUAAUUUAUUGUGUU